AUGCUGACAUCAGCGGCAAAAGCAAACAGCAACAUCAGCAAAGGACAGCUGGUGUCAAAGCUUCGUGCUCCAACAGAAUGCUCCAAGUUUCUGAUCCUUUGCCAUCCGGUCCGGGUGCGUCAGGCGCAAACGGCCGCCAAGCCCCAGGAGGCCGCCGCACCUGCGGAGGAGGAAGAAGACGACGAGGAUUUCCAGGAGGAGAUCCCGCUCGUUUCCGAGGCCGACGUGGCGCAGGUGGUUUCCAAGUGGACGGGCGUUCCCGUGGACAAGGUGAGCACCGACGAGAGCGCCAGGUUGGAGACGCUUCAUGAUCGAGUGAUCGGCCAGGAAGAGGCAGUUACAGCCGUGUCCAAGGCCGUCCGCAGAGCCCGCUCCGGGUUAAAGAAUCCGAAUCGGCCCAUCGCCUCGUUCAUCUUCUGUGGCCCUACCGGUGUGGGCAAGACGGAGCUGUGUAAGGCUCUGUCUGCGGCAUAUUUCGGCAAGGAGGAUGCCAUGAUCCGCCUGGACAUGAGCGAGCCGCGGCGGGAGCACACCGUCUCGAAGCUAAUUGGCAGCCCGCCCGGCUACGUUGGCUAUGACGAGGAGAGCCAACUAACCGACGGCGUGCGGCGCCGCCCGUACAGCCUGGUCCUCUUCGACGAGGUCGAAAAGGCGCAUCCGGACGUCUUCAACCUGUGCCUGCAGAUCCUGGAGGAUGGCCGUCUCACUGACUCCAAAGGCAGGACGGUGUCGUUCAAGAACACUCUGAUCAUCAUGACGUCGAACGUCGGUGCCAAGGCCAUCGAGAAGGGCCUGCUGGGUGGGGGCGGCUUAGGGUUCUCCGGGCUUGAAGAAGACGUCGACACCUCCAACUACCAGAGGCUGAAGACCGUCGUGCACGACGAGCUCAAGAACUUCUUCCGACCGGAGUUCUUGAACCGACUGGACGAGAUCAUCGUCUUCAAGUCUCUGAACAAGCAGGAGGUGGCUCAGAUAGCUGAGCUGGAAUUCAGGAAAGUCUUCAAGCUGUGUGUUGAGAAGGGCAUCAAGCUCUCAAUGACCGACCGGUUCAAGAAGAAGGUGGUGGACGAGGGCUUCAACCCAGUCUACGGUGCCCGUCCCCUGAGACGAGCCAUCACCAGACUCUUGGAGGACACGCUUGCGGAGUCCUUUCUGGAGAUGUGUUGGUUCAACCUCCCGGCUUCUGACACGCCGCCAUGGCUCACCUCACAGCUCCAAACCCUCAGGUUGAAGGUGCCAGCUAAGUUCUUGGUAGCCCUCAAGGGUACAGACUACGGGGCUUGGUUGAUGUUUGUCUUGUACACGGACGGUCAGGAGCCGGUGCAAACACCCUGGCAGCAGAGGCUGGUGCGCCAGGUACAUGCCACUGCCCGCCAAGCCUCUGCAGCGGCGGAAGAAGCGCUUCACCGUCGCUUAGACAGUCCUGACAUCCGCCAAGCACUGGAGAAGUGCUGUCCGUCCGCAGCGUCGCUCCCGGCGCCGGCGCUGGCGGAGCGCCUGAGGGCCGAGGUGCGCGCUGCCGAGGUGGUCUCUGGAUUCAGCACGGAGGUGAAUGCCUCAUGGUUUUCCUUCUCGCUUGAUGAGGCAGAACGCGUCCCUUACUACGAGAAUCUUUGGGAGGUUUGGGUGCGGAAUCGCGCCGAGAUAUCCAACUACAGCUUUGGGCUGGACUGGGUCGAGGUGGAGUACCUUGGGUUCAAGCCUUUCGAAGUCCACGCAAUGCCCAGGACAAUGGCGGAAGCCCAAGAGCGAGCGCCCUAUUUCGCGCUGAACGCGCUGCGAAUGGAUGCCGGGAGCCCACUGUAUGGCGAUGUUACACUCGUUCUUCGACCGAGCGUGGCUCAUGCCGUCUCCAUCAUAUCCGGAUUCGACACUGGAAGCUGGACCGGCAUGUGCAAUAAGUCCUUCACGCCGCCAGCAGGAGGCUUCGACCAUGACUGCUCGGCGUAUCCCGGGCACGCCGGCCUCGGGAGCUUCGAGGCUUUUGAUCACUUGUUCUUGAUCAACGAGCAGUACUGGCACAACGCGCACACACUGGAGCGACUCCUGGUACGUGCCCUCACCCCGGACUCAGCGCUGACGGGUCCCGAUUUCGUCCACUACUUCGAGGUCUUGCCUGCAGCGCGACUGAAGUUCCCCGACCAUAUCAAGUUCGUCAUCGCCUCCUUUCCAGGCCUCUUUGGCACCGCCCGGGGUGAGCGGGUGCGAGCCUGGUGUCGCAGGUAUGGCUGGACCCUGCUGUGGUCUUUGGGGCUGAACCUCGGCUUCACCACCGACUUCGGCAUGCCCCACUUCUGGGACCUCAAAAACCAGUCGGGGCCCUUCUGGGACCAUCCCAGACUCCUCGACCCGGAGACUGUUGGGCCUGCCGUGAACGCCACUUGUGGCACGUCCGCGGUUUUUGCCGAGGCUUGGGCGGCCGUGGCCGCCGCACGUGCAGCGCGGCAUUUGGUGCCAAAGGACUGGGCCGAGCUCUGGGCUGCGCUGGCCUCGAAGGUGCCCGCCGCUUCGCGGAUCUCCCCGCUCCGAGCGUUCUCUUGUGCCGAUCCAGAGGGUUGCCUUGGCAUCACGGAGGAUGGCGACUGUGUAUGCACCACAGCGUCUGCAACUGAAACCGACGCCAUGAUCGUCUGA